AUGAAAUUGUUGCGGGUUGUCUGUCUUUUUGCCUUGGUGCUUCUUGCAUCCGCCGAAGAUGAAAAGAAACCAGUGGCCGAAGCUAAGGUAGAUGACACCAAAGCCGAAGCGGCGAACCUCGAGGAGAAGAAACAGGACAAACGUGGUCUGCACGACUGGGCUGGCUUCAGCGGUUUCGAGGAAAAGCACGACGUACCGCACUUCGAAACGCACGAGGAAAAGACACUGACCGUGAUCAAGAAGGUUCCGGUUCCGUACCCGGUCGAGAAGCACAUCCCGGUGCCGGUCGAGAAACAUAUCCCCGUGCCCGUGAAGGUUGGAGUGCCAAAGCCCUAUCCAGUGUACAAAACCGUGCACUACCCGGUCAAGGAAAUCGUUAAGGUGCCCGUUCAUGUUCCAGCUCCCUAUCCAGUUGAGAAGAAGGUGCCAUACCCAGUCCAUGUACCGGUAGACAACCCAGUCCCCGUCAAGGUGUACGUGCCAGCUCCAUACCCAGUGGAAAAGAAGGUCCCAGUUCCAGUAAAGGUCCCAGUCCCGGCCCCAUACCCAGUCGAAAAGAAGGUUCUGGUCCCUGUUAAGGUUGCCGUUCAUGUCGACAAACCAUACCCAGUCGAGAAGAUUGUCCACUACCCAGUGCACGUUCCAGUCGAUCGUCCAGUCCCGGUUCAUGUUGACAAACCAGUGCCAGUGCCAGUUGAGAAGCCUGUCCCAUACCCAGUAAUCAAGAAGGUACCAUACCCAGUCCAUGUCCACGUUGAUCGCCCAGUGCCAGUUCCAGUUGAGAAGCCAGUGCCAGUCCCGGUUAAGGUGCACGUACCAGCUCCUUACCCAGUCGAGAAGCACAUCCCGUACCCGGUGUACAAGAACGUCCCAUACCCAGUGAAGGUCCCAGUCGACCGACCAAUCCCCAUCGAAAUCGAAAAGCACGUUCCAGUGGAGAUCGAGAAGCCAGUCCCAGUCCCAGUCAAGGUUUCCAUCCCUGUUCCAGUGCACCACCACCACGAGGAACACCACGACUUCGGCUCGGAAGGACAUCAAGAAUUCCAUGAGCAUCACUAA